CUUGAUAUAGGAUGGGAGGGAGAGAGGGACCGAGAGAGACAGAGAGGAUCAGGCACAGAUGAAUUCUAGUCUGAAUGACGGAAGCGGUGUGGGCACAUGUGAGUGAGAGAGGACGAAUCCGGAAGUAGAGAGACCUGCGCGCGUGUGUGUGUGUGUGUGUGUGCGGGAGAGAGAGACAGAGAGAGUGUAAAUCAACAGAAAGAGGAAGAGGACAUAAAGAAAGGAAGAAAAAGGGCUUCAGGAGGAAGCAGACAAGACAAGGGGUCUCAGACUGAGAGGGAAGAUGGCUGAGCCGGAGCUGAAAUCGAGAGGCAGCCGAGAGAGCGUCGCUAAGGAGAAGAUGGGGGCGACUGGAGCAGAGCCUGAGCAAGAUGGUCUCAUUGUGGAGCAGCCAGCAUCUCCAUCUGACCCCGUGGGUUCUCCGCCUGCUGCCACAGGUUCCACCAACAGCCUGCCAGGCAAGGGGGAGAAGAUUGAACUCAAACGCAGCAUCACCCUCUUCAACGGUGUCGGAAUGAUUAUCGGCACCAUCAUCGGCUCGGGCAUUUUCGUCACUCCCACAGGUGUUGUCAAAGAGACCGGCUCCGCUGGGCUCUCUCUGAUCGUUUGGUCCGCCUGUGGAGUGAUAUCCACCAUGGGUGCUCUGUGCUACGCAGAGCUGGGUACAACUAUUGUCAAGUCAGGAGGAGACUACACUUACAUCCUUGAGAUAUAUGGCGAACUGGCUGCCUUUCUCAAGCUGUGGGUGGAGAUGCUCAUCAUCCGGCCGUCGUCGCAGUAUGUGGUGUCACUGGUGUUUGCGACCUACCUUCUGAAACCUCUCUACCCCAACUGCGUCGUGCCCGACAGCGCAGCCAAGCUCAUUGCCUGCCUGUGUCUUACCUCCCUGACAUUUGUAAACUGUAUCAGUGUGAAAGCAGCAACCAAGGUCCAGGACUUGUUCACCGCUUCCAAAUUGAUAGCCUUGAUCAUCAUCAUCCUCUUUGGCUUCAUUCAGAUUUCCACAGGUGAGUGGCAAAAUACCCCAGAACAAACCAAAUCAGCUGCAUGACUGCAUGCUGUUGAGAACAAAUCUUAUACCUUCAUCACAAGACUUAUUAAUUUUUAACAGAGAUGUAAAAUAAGCUUCAGGAACCUGCCCCUGUCCAUCAUCAUAUCCAUGCCUAUAGUCACGGUGGUAUAUGUUCUAACCAACCUGGCCUACUUCACCACCAUCCCUCCUCAAGUCAUGAUUGAGUCAGAGGCUGUUGCUGUGAGUUUUGGGGAGUACCAUCUUGGUGUGAUGUCCUGGCUCAUUCCCGUCUUUGUGGGACUGUCCUGCUUUGGUGCAGUCAAUGGAUCACUCUUUACUUCAGCGCGUUUGUUCUAUGCUGGAGCUCGAGAGGGUCAACUCCCUGCUGCUCUGGGGUUGGUCCACACAGACCUGUUCACACCAGUGCCAUCCCUCAUAUUCACAUGUUUCCUAUCGAUGAUGUAUGCCAUCUCCCAGGACAUCUUCUCUGUCAUCAAUCUCUUCAGCUUCUUCACCUGGAUGUGUGUUGGGAUGGCCAUCGCUGGCAUGAUCUGGCUGCGCUUUACCAAACCCGACCUCAGAAGGCCCAUUAAGAUUUCUCUCUUCAUCCCGGUUACUUUUGUGUUGAGCUGCGUCUUCAUGAUCGUCGUGUCCUUUUGGGCAGCUCCCUUCGAGUGUGUGCUAGGCAGCGGCAUUAUUCUCACAGGCGUCCCAGCGUACCUACUGGGCUACAAGUGGAAAAAACCCCAUGUGGUCAAGAAGAUGCUGGAAAUCUUCACCAUGUUCUGUCAGAAGAUCUUCAUGUCUGUUCCUGAAGAGAAGGAGCAACAUGGGGCGGCUGAAUAAUGCUGGACAAACCGAGCAAGAUGAAAGACUGGGUCAAUAUUUUUGUCUGGACAUUCCUGUAAUGUUUACAUUUAUCCACAUGUGAUCGGACUUUUUUUGUUUUAACUUUAUCUGACCAGGCAGGUAACUGUGAACAUAUUCAAUAUUCGCAAGAGUGGCCUGACAAAUGGAGGAUUUGUUUUAUGAAUACUGCAACUUUUCUGCAAAGAAGAUCACCGGGCAUUUUACACUCCUUAUUAUGAAUUGAUUUUAAUAUUUCAGCAUAUCUCCUUAAAUGAUCAAACAUGCUCUGAUGUUCCAUGUUAGUUAAUGGAACGCCAUCUGUAAGUGUAUGACUGCUGCAGGCAUAUAAUUACUUGUGUACUGCAAGUACACAAUCAGGAGCUGCAGUGGCCUAUGACAUACAGGUAUAUUUUUCUCCUGAAGUGUACAAAUGAAUAGCUUAGGCGGGAUAAUAUAUGUCUAAUACCAUUAACAACCAAACUAGACAUAGUAUAUUAUAGUUUAGGGUUUAUAUUUAUAGUUUAUAUUGUGUUAAAAUAAAGGAUUUUGCUAUAGUUGCUAUAAUCACGUCACUUAGAGUUUAUAACUAAGGUCAAAUUUGGAAGAGGAAGAGGUUGUCUAACAAAGCACUUACUCCAUUUUCUCAUAUGGUACUAAUGUUUGUGUUAAAUAGUAAUUCAUUCUCACAUUUUACUUGAUAUUGUUUUUUAUUUAUUGGUAAGAUGAAUUUGUAGCGCUGUCGUAAAGCACAAGCUAAAGGGAGAUGAAAGAGUGUCUGUGAUGUCUGCUUGAGCUGCACUGUGAACCAGGUCUGUUUCUUGUAUCAUUUCACUCUGAUAUUAAACCUCAUCGGCGCCGCGUGUGACGAUACUUGAUGAAAACGAUACCAGCAUCUCCGUUUGUGCGCCAUUGUUGUGAGACGGCGUAGAUAUGCUCAGAUAUCGUAGUAGUGUUCGUAGUUAGCCUUAGUGUUUGUACUGAACGUAUUUGAUGUCUGUGCCAGCUGUGCCAGUGCUGAUAUUCUAUUUUUUUUUUGUCACUGUAUGACCAAAAUGAAUGUUGCAACUUUAGAGAUGCUGGCUUUGCUUGUAAUUUUUGUAGGAAGUGUACCUGGAGAGAGGUUUGAGGUUUUCCCAGCGUAUUUCCUGGUCCAGUGAAGGCCUGGGAAGGGAGGAGCUUCUGAGGAAUGUUAAGGGGGAUUGGAAUCAUGUGGAGUGGGAAAAAGGUUUCUUACUUUUGCGCACAAUGGAGAGACAGUCUCCUUACAAAUCUACCACAGAUGUACGUAUUGUCAGCCUGCUCACUGUGCUGGCAGUCCAGGUUUCACAGGCCCCAUUUCCAGUGAAGGGAAAGUGCUGAAAAAACAUACUAAUUCAUACUGGUUGCUAUUCCUUUAACAUUAAUGCAGCAGAAGCUUUCAGACAAGAACAAAAGAAAGUCUGUAAGAAAAAUGACCUUUGACAUUCUCACUGGUAACAUCAGACUUUCCGUGGUGAGACACAAACAGCUCUUCUUUUUCUUUUUUUUUUUAAAGGAACCCUCUUUGAUCUUAUUUGUAUAAUGUGAAGUUUAAAUACAAACAUGUAAGUACAUUUGCAAUUAGCAUGCAACAAUAUUUCUCCCACUUAAAGUAUUUAAUACGGAUUCUUUAUUAAAGCAGAUUGCAUACAGAUUUAAAAAGAGAAUAGCUGAAUGCAAAUGCUUGCAAAGUUGGCACUGCGAUCAUCUUUAAAGGCGAGCUCACUGAAAGCACACCAAUGAACAACGCAGUCCUCGAAGACACGCCCCUUACUUAAUGAAUCUACUUAAAUUAAAGCCCUGAACACACACGUGUGUCUAAAAACACACUGAUUCCAGUUACGAUGAUAAGCGGUCUCAUAUAUUUUAUUUUAUGCACAACGUGCUGCAUCGGUGUGUGUGUGCGUUUGUGUGUGUAAAGUAUUACUAUAUGUGAAAAUCAGUAACGCAAAUGUGAUUGAGAAUAAAGGAAGCUCAUAUUUUUGAUUCUAUAAUUGAGAGUACCAUUGUAACUGUUGUCUGUGAGUGACCAUAGUAGGUACUGUACGUGUAAAAAAUAAAACUAUUUUGUUCAAA